AUGGAAUCUGCUUCCAACGCUUCGAUCUUGUCCUCCGCGUACCUGGUCCCGUCUUCGCAGAGCGCCUAUGAGACCGAGGACGAUGUCGCGUCUCUGCCUUCUGAUUCCGCCUCCACUUCCGACCUUGAGACCUUGACAGAUGAUGGAUCCGAUGCCGAGGCAGAAUGGCAAGAGAGUCUGGAACAGUUGGAGUUGUUAUUGACAAUGGUCCUGAUACCGUUCAUCGGCAAGUUCUUAGGGCGCAAAUGUGCAUACUGGAGUUGGGCCCGAGUUAUGGAGCACUACUACCCCGAUGUCGAGGUCAAGAUCAAGAGCCCCGCGACUUUCAAAGCCACCGGUGCGGUCGAGGCUGCAGCAACCCUCUGA